AUGUUCUUCGCCGCCGCCUCCUCCCUUCUCACCCUCGGCCUGCUGCUCGCCGAGGGUGCGUUUGCCGCCCCGACCAUCGAGAAGCGACAGGCCCAGCCGGGCUUCGUCAGUGUCGAAGGCGAAAAGUUCAAGCUCGACGGCAAGGACUUUUACUUUGCCGGCACCAAUGCCUACUAUUUCCCCUUCAGCGGCUCCGAGACCGACGUUGAGAAUGGAAUGAAGCAGGCAAAGAAGGCUGGUUUGAAUGUUGUCCGUACUUGGGGCUUCAACGACAAGAACCGCACCACCAACCCCAACGGCCUGCCUCAGUACAACGCGGACAGCAACCCCACGUUCCAGUACUUCAAUGGCAACCAGGACUCCACCAUUGACGUUACGCCCUUUGACAAGGUCGUCAAUGCCGCCACCAAGACGGGCAUGAAGCUCGUCGUGGCCCUGACCAACAACUGGGCCGACUACGGCGGCAUGGACGUAUACACUGUCAACUAUGGUGGAAAGUACCACGACGAUUCGCCCAUCCCCGCGCUCCACCCGCAGUUCUAUCGCGUUCCCCAGAUCAAGGACGCCUUCAAGCGUUACAUCCGCGCCAUGGUGACGCGCUACGCCGACAGCGCAGCCAUCAUGGCCUGGGAGAUCGCCAACGAGCCGCGCUGCGGCGCCGACUCGGUCCGCAACCUCCCCCGCGGGCCCAGCUGCACCCCGGACACGAUCACGCAAUGGAUCGACGAGAUGUCGACCUUCAUCAAGUCCCUCGACAGCAAGCAUCUCGUGACCUGGGGCGGCGAGGGCGGCUUCAACCAGCCGGGCAACGACGACGGCUUCUACAACGGCUACGACGGCGGCGACUUUGACCACGAGCUCUCGCUGCCCAGCGUCGACUUUGGCGUCUUCCACUCGUACCCGGACUGGUGGUCAAAGACCAUCGGCUGGGUCGACCAGUGGAUCCGCGACCACGCCGCCAGCGGCCGCCGCGCCGGCAAGCCCGUCGUCCACGAGGAGUACGGCUGGCUGACCGACGAGAAGAGGCGGGAGUUCCUGGGCCGCACCGCCCCCGAGCCCCGCACCGAGGUCCUCGCCAGGUGGCAGAAGAUCCAGGUCGAGGAGAAGAUGCCCGACAUGUUUUGGCAGUUUGGCUGGAGCGGCUUCUCGUACGGCAAGAACCACGACGACGGCUUCACCAUCUACCUGGAGGACGCCGAGGCCCAGCCGCUGGUCAGGGAUCACGCUGCUGCCAUGAACGCUCUCAACAACUGA